GUCUUUUUGAUUUUCUAGAUGUUGAUUACCUCAGCCCGCUCCUGUGAUGUGCUAAAUAACUGGUUCUAUGAUGAAACUUUAAAAAGCUGCUGCUACCGAUGUCCCUCAGAUGACCAUAAAAGGAAAGCGUGUCCCACAGAUCCACGCAGGGACUGCAGCCAAUGUGAGCCCGAGUACUUCCUGAACAGGGAGCACAAGAGGCCUCGCUGCGAUGCGUGUGUGUCGUGCAAACCAGAAUACGACCUUGUGGAGAAGGUACCUUGCUCCUCUGAUACCAGCAGGGUGUGCGAGUGCCGAGCGGGGAUGUUCUGUAAGGUGGCCGUUCUCAACAGCUGUGCACGAUGCGUGUCCCACACGGUCUGCCAGCCAGGAUUUGGAGUCCUAGUUAGAGGCACCUCGAAAGUUGAUGUCUCCUGUGAGGAAUGCUCUUGGGGUACCUUCUCUGAUCAGUACUCCAGCACCGAGCCCUGCAAGCCCCACACAGACUGUGCCAAGCUAAACAAGAUCGCAGUGGGCAGCGGAAACGCCACACACGACCAAAUCUGCGUGGACCCGUCUCCGACCCCCCUCGCCCCCACCACGUGGUCUGCGAAAUCCAGCCGCGAGCCAGCGCUUUCCAAUAUGGCAAAAGCACCGCUCCCGAGCGAGCAGCCCACAGUGGGAGGCUGGGGUCCCCACCCUGCCACAGAGCCCAUGACCCAGGCCAGUAUGCUCAUGAGUGACAUGGCCUCUGGCGACGCCAACUCGACUGCUGGGGGAACUGUGGGGGGAACGGAUACCAAACACGCAGCUGGCACUCCCCCGGCCUCGGAUAUCGCUUUAGAAAAGACGACCAAGAAAGGUGAUGGGAGCUUUGUUCUCUGGGGAGUGGUGAUUCUCUGCAUGGUUGUGCUGUUCGCUGGUAUGCUGGUGGUUUGGCAAAGGAAGGUUUGCAAGAGGUGGAUCUUCACCCCAGAUGGAAAGACUCCUGGUCUGUAUCCAGUCACUACAUGUAGACUCAGUUCGGCACAUCAAGGUUCUGAUCUGAUGAAGAACUGCGCAAAAAGGUUCAGUAUGCUGAAAGCUGACAAAGAGUCAGAAGAGAGGGCAGAAGAGAGGGUGUUAAUAAACAGAACCCCUGUGGUAGAAACCAACAACAACUUGGUCUCCCGCACAGAAAAAAAUCCCAGUCCUGACUCAAGUCUGACUGACCUGAUCCAGAGCACAGGGAACACCACAGACCACCCUGCUGAUUCCCGCGUGAGAGACCACACUAAUAACCGAAUCGAUAAAAUAUACAUCAUGAAAGCCGACACUGUGAUUGUGGGAUCCAUUUCAGAAGUGCCUGUCAGCAAGAAUUGUGCUAUUAGAGGAUGUGACUAUGAUGCCGAAGCCCAAGAGAACCUGGAGGAUAAAGAACUUGCAAUACACUAUCCGCAGCAGGAGACUGAAUCCUUUCCAGGAAGUGAUGUAACGAUUCCGGUGGAGGAGGAGGGCAAGGAAUUCCAUCACCCUACCACGGCCACUGAGAAGUGAUGCGUUGCAGAGCUGAUGUUGAAGCCUAAUGCUUGUACUAAUGAUCCCCAGUACAUUUGGAAGCCAUUAAUACCUUGUUGUCUCAGAUGGUGGAAGGAUGGUUGGGGGUCUUAGUAGCCCUUUGAUGCCUGGUGUCCUAGAAUUGAUUUAAUCUAGGAAACGAAGAGAAUUGCCAGUAGUGACAAGAAGUCUUUACACUUUUAUGGAUCUCAUUAAAUAUUUCUCUCUUCUUUCUCCGAACAUGAAGUUACAGAUGGGACUGAAUCAAAAGCCCAGGUCCGAACACUCCAUAAUUCUGCAGACUUUUGGAUCUUGCUCCAAACCCUGCCACUGCACCUACCUUCAUAACUGAAUGGAUUAAAAUCUAUUUCCAAGCAGCUCCAUUGUGAACAUUCAAAUCAGGACCCAAAGCCUGAAGAUUGGGCCCCACCUCUAAGUCAUCUCUCUGUAGUUGUGUUGUUACUUCCUACUUCGUUGUUGUCAACUCUUGGGAUUGUAUUGCUAUUCCCACAACACUAUGUUUUUUCUGAAAGUUCCAGCUCCUGGAGUCAUGUGAUCACACACAAAUCUCAGCUUUUUUUUUUUUUUUUUUUAAAUAAAAAUUACUGGUCCUGAUGGUUGUAGAGAAAAGCUUGGAAACGUGACCCACUUGUGCCCUCAAGAUUCAGAAACUAAAGUGCAAAUAAAACAACCCAACAUUUAUUCCUGAGUUUUAAGACAAUCUCAUGAAUACUUUGAAGCUGGAAUCAAAGAUGACUUCCAUGAUUAACUUUUUUUUUAAUGGUAUGAUAUGGAAAACUGAAAAAGUAAAUGACUUACACCUUGUAUAUAUUUCUAAUGCUGCAUGCUUCACAGGCUCUUCAAUGCAAUUAAGAAGUUUUAUGACCCGUCAAAGCUGCAAGGUCAGACAAUACAAAACCAGGCACUACUAGAUACACAUAACAUGCUAGCACUCAUAUAGGUGAAGGCAUACAUGAAUAGGAAGGAGGGGAGUUGGAACGGAGGUCUGGCAUUCUUUGAGACUUCUCUAUAUCUGAUUUAUCCAAAUGUAUCUAGAAAAGAGGACCAUAUUUCUUUGAAUUCACAGACUCAAGAGUUUUGAUUUUUGGGAUUGGCAGUGCUGCUAUAUAAUGGCCUCCUCCAGUAAAAGAUGAAAGGUUUUGAAUGUUUAGAUGUUGUACAGAAAAUGAAUUUUGCUUUGGAGUCUGAAUUAAACAAAUCACAAAUAUCCGGUGAAUGUGGAUAUGGUUUUAUAAGGAAAACAACAGAAAUGAACUGAUUUUUUUCCAAAGGGAAACAAGGAUUUUUUUUUAAAGGCUACAUUACUCGUUUCCUAAAAGCAUGUUAAUUUCUGCUACUUUUGGAAGAAGUGCACAUGAUAAUCUAGGAAGCGCUUAUUUACAUAUAUUUUUUUUUAAAUCUGGUUUUUGUGGUCAAAUUAUGCAAGAUGCUAACUUCUCAUGCUGCUAAUUCUAUAACUGUAAAUUGAACACAUCCGUGCUGACUGCGCUUUCUCACAAUUAUGGAAAAUGAGCUACAUUACAAAGUCUUUCUUAAUAGGUUUAAAAAAAAGAGGAACCACCUGCUUAGUCAUUUUUAUAUUGGAUAGAAUAUAGUGAUGGAUAAUUUUGCUUCUCUAGUGCAUUCAUAAGAACAGUCAUCCUGCAUUAGACUAAUAAUCCAACUAUUCCAGUAUCCUGUCUCUGAGAAUGCCAGUGCCAGACGCUUCAGAGGGGAUGAACAGGAUAAUUUCAAAUAAUUCAUCCCCUGUUAUCCAGUCCCAUCUUAUGGAAGUUGGAGGUUUAGGGACACCAAGAACAUGGGGUUGGCAUCCCUGACCAUCUUGACUGAUGUCUUGUCUACACUAUCCAUUCCCCUUCCAUCGAUCUAAUCUAUGCAACUUCAGCUAUGCAAAUAGUGUAUCUGAAGUUAGAUGUACUUACCGUGGUAUCUUUCAUAGAGUAAGUCCAGCAGGGACUGCUCUCCCGUUGACUCAGAGUACUCUUCUCAUUCUGGUGGAGUACCAGAGUUGAUGAGAGAGCACUCGGAGUUUGAUUUAUUGUGUCUGAGCAGACAUGACAAAUUGACCUCCGGUCGUAAAUCCACCAUCUAGUGUAGACAACUCCUAAUAGCCAUUUAUGGACCUAUCCCCCAUGAAGUUAUGCAAUUAUUUUUGAAUGUUGUUAUACUUUUGGCCUUUACAACACCCCUUUGCAAUGCAUUCCCCAGGCUCACUGUGCAUUGUAUGAAGCACUUCCUUAUGCAGGACUUAAUUUGUGCCAGGGCUGAGCCCUUGUCUCUGAACUGCCAAGCAUUGAUGUGCCUGUGACUUCUGAGCUUGCUGUGUCAGUUAUGAAAGAACAAAAUUUGCUUGAGCCCUGGCACCGCUUCUAUUGCCAAUUAAGCAUGUUCUUGUGUUCAUUUUCAAUUUGUCUUUUAUCUGAGCUUCUCAGUGCACUUUACAAACACUGGUUAAGCCUCACGCUACCUGUGCAAUGGAUGUAAUGGUUGGGACCACAAGCUUUCUGAGGAUGCAGUAAGGUGGAACAAGCCGGACACGCCCAGCAUCCCGAUGUGCUGCCUCUAAUCCAUUCACAAAAUGGUGCUAAGUCCAUCAUGGGCAGCCCUUCACUCAUUCCUCCUUGAAUUCUCCUUUCCAUUUUUCAGCUGCUCGAUGCCAGUUGCUAUUGUCGCUGCAUGCGUCUUCGGCUCCUCUGCAGAGUGAAAGAAACCUCGUGUGUGCAUUCUGUGCAGUGCUUGUUUGUUACAUGCAGAAGACCCGCAGUUCCUAAAAUCUAACAGAUGACCAUCUGUGGUCCCUAUUAUUCUCAGUGCAGUUGCACGUGGUGAAGACGGACGCAGACAGAAAUAACAUUUCUGCUAGAACUUCUUGAUAUUGUGCAGCAGAAGGUCAACUCUCUAAUGCUGUCAUUAAACUAAGAUGCAAGAAGGAAGUGAAACCCCAAAGGACCUGCACUGCCUAGACUUUCUUCACUUCCACCACUGGUGCCGCAUUGUUUCCCAGGGCUCAGCAUGGCUAAUGGAGAAAUGACACUUUCAGCUUUGAACACCGACGCGCUUCUGAAUAACAGUUCUCAUGUGACUGUGAGUGUAAGGGUUUUCCACAAUCGUGGAUUAGUGUUCUAGGCGCAUGCCCUGUGUCUAUAUUAAUCUUGUUAAUGCAACAGUUUUCUGGAGGGAUCAAAUGCAUUUUUUUAAUCUUGCUAGAUAUUGUGUAGUUGGUUAAAAAUUACUAUUUUGCUAAUGUUUGUAAUGAAAAAAUUAAACCUGGCUUAGCCU